AUGCCAAUGAAACUCGACGGCAGCUGCCAAUGCGGCGGCGUGACAUUCACCCUCCAGUCCCAAACCCCAGUGCCCUACCAGCUCUGCGCGUGCAGCAUCUGCCGCAAAGUCGGCGGAUACAGCGGCAGCGUGAACCUAGGCGGACUCGCCGACAGCCUGAAGAUUAUCACGGGCAAAGAACUCAUCAAGAAAUACAACGGCAUCAAAGAUCGCGGCACACCAAACGAGCAGCGCUGCUCCUCCGAGCGAAGCUUCUGCUCCGACUGCAGUACCAUGCUGUGGCUGUGGGAUCACCACUGGCCCGAAUUGAUCCACCCGUUUGCCUCGGCCAUUGAUACCGAACUGCCCGUCCCGGAGGAGAUGGUGUGUGUCAUGGGCGGGUCGAAGCCGGCGUGGGUGCGGUGGCCCGAGGGGAAGAAGAGUGUACAUGAACUCUACAAUGACUCGGGGGAUAGUCUGGAGGGGUGGCACAAGAGGCAUGGACAUUUUGUGGAGUAG